ACAUGCAGUUGACUUCCCUCCUCAGGCAGAGCCACCUGGUGGGCCCGCACCGUCCCCUCCGGCACGCUGCAGGACAACAGCAUGCUUUCAGAGACACUGCUGAGCAUCUGUGCCUUUAAAGCUCUGUGAGAAGCGCGCCUCUGUCAGAGCUCCGCUGUCAAACUUCCCACAAGCCCGACGCGCUCGGCGAGUGCGAUCGAGAGCUACCUAGACCACUGCGCCACUGGCUCACCUCACAGCUAGACCCAUGGAAUACUAACUAUGGAAUACCUCUGGAUACUGCUGUUUGUUUUUUUACAGCUAAGCUUCCACCUAGGCAACACAAAGCCCACUAUUAUCCCUAACGAGCCCCACAUCGUUGUUCUGCUCAACCAUCCCAUUGACCUGCGCUGCAAGAGUGAAAACAGGUCACUGUGGUGGCGAGGGAAUCGGAACAAGCCUGUUAAGGCUACGGAGAAAGAUGGGAUGUUGAUAUUGCACUACCCAAAGGCUCAGGCUUUUCAUCGGGGCCGCUACAUCUGCCGGGAUGAGAAAUCCAGUGAGGAAGCCUCCAUUUUCGUCUAUGUGAAAGAUCCUGAGAGACUUUUCAGAAAACCAUUUCUGUCCAGUAUUCUUUAUCGUGAGGGAGACACUGCUAUCAUACCAUGCCACACGACUGAUCCAAGUCUGAGCAGUUUAGGUUUGGAAACAUGCUCCGGAAGAGCCCUCUCCCCUGGUCUCCAGUUUUCUACUAGCUUGGAGCAAGGCAUCUUCAUCUACAAUAUAAAAAAGACUUAUGAGGGAUGCUAUGUGUGCUCAGGGACACUUCAGAAUAAACACAUCAGAUCUGAGGAAUACUCUCUGACAGUUAAUCCAGUGCCUGUUGGUCCUCCUAAAAUCCAGGUGCAGCAUCCCAGGAGAAUAAUUCUAACUCGAAAUCAGAGUCUGUCAAUCACCUGCAAUGCCACAAAUGUCAAUGGAGACCUCAAAGUGAAGUGGACGGCACCACCUGGCUCGGGUGCCGUCUGGUAUCCACAGCAACAACCAAAGGUUGAUGGCACUGCACGUAUCCAGACGGCGAACUACAUUCAUACGCACAGUGCCACACUGCAAAUAGCAGCAGUACGUCCACAAGAUGCUGGGAGUUACAAAUGUGAAGCUGAAAAUGAGAAAGGAAACAGCACGAUGUCGGUGUGGCUGGAUGUUUAUGAAAGGGGAUUUAUCAGCCUAUCAGAAAUCUACAACAGAACCUUCCAUGUUCGAUCAGGUGAGAGUUUGUCAUUGAAAGUUAAAAUGGAGGCAUACCCAAAACCACAUAGCAUCUCCUGGAGCUUCAUGGGCCGCAAACUGAAAAACGCCAGUGACCACGUGAUCAGCAUGGACAGCAAAGACUACAGUUACAGCAGCGAGCUGAGGCUGGUUCGGCUCAAGGUAGCAGAAGGUGGCAUUUAUACCUUUGAAGCCUCCAACGGCGCCAUGGUGGUAAAUCAGACCUUCACCAUCUUUGUAAUCAGUAAGCCUGAGAUUAUAUCUUAUGAGGGCCCAGUGGAUGGACAGGUGCGCUGUGUGGCUGAAGGAUACCCUGCCCCCCAGAUCAAAUGGUACUACUGUGAGCAUUACGUCAGGUGCUCCCAACAGAAGAAUGGCACCCAGGAGGAACAAAAUGUCAAUACAGUCACAUUGGUCAGCCCUGCGUUUGGGAAGACGGGGGUGGAGAGUCGAGUCAACAUCAACGGAGGAAGAUUUAAUACUCUGGAGUGUGUCGCCACAGCUGAGGGAGAGCAAGCCUUUAUACUGUUUUCUAUAAGUGAGAAAAGCGUUAUGCACGAUCUAUUCAGUCCUCUGCUGAUUGGGUUCAUAUCAGCAGCAGGCAUCCUCUGCCUCAUUGUUAUCAUGCUAUUCUACAAGUACAUGCAGAAACCAAAAUACCAGAUUCAAUGGAAAGUAAUUGAAGGAAUCCACGGAAACAACUACGUGUAUAUUGACCCCACGCAGCUGCCGUACGAUCACCAGUGGGAGUUCCCACGGAGCAACUUGCGUUUCGGGAAGACACUGGGAUCUGGUGCAUUUGGAAAAGUGGUUGAAGCCACCGCGUAUGGACUUGCCAAUGCUGAUUCUGUCAUGACGGUGGCAGUGAAAAUGCUCAAGUCCAGCGCUCACGCCACAGAGAAGGAGGCCCUGAUGUCGGAGCUGAAAGUCCUCAGUUACUUGGGAAACCACAUAAACAUUGUCAACCUGCUCGGAGCCUGCACUGUUGGAGGCCCUACACUGGUUAUUACUGAAUACUGCUGCUUUGGAGAUCUUCUUAAUUUUCUCCGGCGAAAGAGAGAGUCUUUCAUCACCUAUAAGCUGGAGGAAAACUAUUACUACCGCAACCUCAUGCAACAGAGAGUUGCAGAAGGAACGUGCGUGGGAGAGUAUUUGGACGGCAGGUCUCAGCUCAGACCAGACUGCUCCUUUCCUCUUCACAGUGACAGCUUGAAUGGCUACAUGAGCAUGAGGCCUUCUGUUGCUGGCAACCGACUGUCGAGCUCGUCCUCUGAGCGGAGACAGUCACUACGCAAAGGUGGCCAAUACGUCGAAGCUGACAAAGAGGGUGAUAUGUUCGAUGAGGAUGAUAUGUCUCUCGACACAGAAGAUCUCUUAAGCUUCUCAUACCAAGUGGCCAAAGGCAUGGAGUUCUUAGCUUCCAAAAAUUGCAUUCACAGAGACCUUGCUGCUCGAAACAUCCUAUUGACCCAAGGAAGAGUGGCAAAGAUCUGUGAUUUUGGCCUAGCUAGAGACAUCACCACAGACUCAAACUAUGUCGUCAAGGGUAAUGCUCGUCUGCCUGUGAAGUGGAUGUCUCCAGAAAGCAUCUUCGAAUGCGUGUAUACGUUUGAGAGUGAUGUGUGGUCUUAUGGCAUCUUGCUUUGGGAAAUCUUCUCCUUGGGAAACAGCCCUUAUCCUGGUAUGCCCGUAGAUGCCAAAUUCUACAAACAGAUAAAAGAAGGAUACAGAAUGGAUGCUCCUGAGUUUGCACCUAAUGAAAUGUAUCAGAUUAUGAGCUCCUGCUGGGAUGCUGACCCCUUCAAGAGACCUCCCUUCAGGAAGGUGGUUGAGAGCAUUGAGCAACUGCUGUCAGAUGCCACUAAACAUAUUUAUUUGAACUUCAGUUCCAGACUCCCUUUGUUGCCUAGAGUGAGGGAGGAGCCCAGUUCUCAGAACACAGCAGCUCACAGCUCUCACCCAGCCAGCAGUAAGAGCACUCCAACACAGCCCUUACUGGUUCAGCAUGAAGUCCUCAUAGAGGGGACAAUCCUUCAUGCCCAUUGGGUGUAAGGACUCAUCGGACUUGUUUGGCUGCCUCAAAGUGCCUGUCAUGUUACGCCACAAAUCAUCCAACUACAACAUCUGUCUGCCUCCCCGUUACCAGCAAAAAUGGUUCUCAGAAGAGUAAAUGCACCUCUGACAAGAUGACAAGAGAGAACCUCUGUGGAUAAAUGGUUUUAAACUUUGCAAUCACUAUCCUUGCCUACUGAGUGGUGGGUGGACACUUGGGCUAUUGCUCACAAUCUGAAGAACUUUGAAGACACCACGGAGGGUAGAUGAUCAUCAACCAUUAUUCUAACUGUUUCACAACUUAUUAUACUGUUACAUGUUUCCACAUUUCCUUUACAUUGAAGUUGUAUCAUUAACCUUUUUCUUUGGGGGGGGAUCCACAUCCAGCAGCUAUCUUAUAUAAUUUAGAGUUCUUUUACUUUUUAAUUAUGGUGUCUUUGGUUAUUCUCUAAUGUUUUUUUUUUUCUAUCAUGGUUCACCUUUUGCAGUUUCUUUGGCUGUUGCAGUUGUUGGGUGGAAAACAAAGCACUUGAGGCACUUAAACUUUAUUCUAUACACAACAUGAUGCAGAUAAUAUAACUUUUGUCGUUUGUUUUUUUUAUCACUUUAACUGUCAGUAUUAUUUUCCAACUGUUCAGAUAUAUGCUGUAUGAAAAAUAUUCUUUCAGGGGCCAAUUCUAAUUUACAUAUGAUGACAUGGUUACAUGUAUAAGCUACUAGGAAACAUUGUCGAAGACAUGUCCAUAAGUGCUUCAAGUAUAUUAGGAUGUAGAUCUGGGAUGGUAGCUACUUAAAGGGCAAAUACAUUUUUGGAAUUUGUUUGCAAAUAACAUGACUAGUGCAUGACUGCAGAAACAACAUACGUAGAUGUAGAUAUGGUAUGCAACUCUUUAUGCUUUGUUACUCACUGACAGCUGGGCUGCGAGAGGUAGAGAUCUCUUGUAAAGAUGUAUGUAACUGUUCCCUCCUUCAUCUCUCGCUGUAUAUUUGUUCACAAACAUGAGGUAGGUACUGCCAGUUUUCAGAUUAGUGUCUCUGCUUUUUCCCCUCCGUUUAUUCAUGAAUGGUUUGGAGACUGUUUUCACCAACCCAGACUGGUGUGCUGUCUUUCCACGCUAGCCGUGCAGUUCCUCAAGUGUAUAUCAUACUUUAAGCAAAGGUGAACCUGAUGUGAUACGCCAUUAAGUGGAUUGCAGUAUUCCCCAAGGUGAGAGGAGCAAGAGAAAAACAGAGGCUUGUCAUAGCUUUUUGUUGAGACGGUGACACUCGGUGUGGAACUUAUUGUGUCCGCUGUCUCAUUGUUCUCAGCUUAGUAGCUGGUUUCCUUGCCUUCCCUCUCUUCUUUUGUCGUCCAGUUGUUUCCUCUAUCGGAAGUGGGGUUUUCAGCACUUCUUAGCCAGUUGUCUGGAGUGGUACCGGCAUCUCUCCCAGCUGUGGAUGUUAUUCCAAGGAGUGCAAGGAAAGUGUCCUGUUUGCUUUGACAAACACGUGUGCGAGUGUGUUUGUGCGUAUGAGAGAGAAUGCACGUCCUCCUUUGUGUGAAUGUCUGUAUGCGUGCAUAGAUUAGUUGACUUACUGUCAUGAGGUGCCACUACAACAGAUUCAUCAAGUCACUUAGCUUACUAAAAACUCCACAGUCUUACUCUUCUUGUUUUUUUGUAAAUAUAGAUGUUCGUUCAUUAUAAAGUAACUUCAGUACUUUUGAAGAUGUCUAUCUUAAUGAAGAAACGGUACCGUGAUACAGAAAUUGAUAUGCUUUAUUUUCUUAUACUGUAGGUGCACAGAUUUCCCUCUGUUGAUUAAACAAGGGAAUCUGCCUGUGGCUCUUCUCACUGUGACAUCUUUAUCAUAAAAUAUUUGUAUUUGAUGUUUUCUCUUAAAGGAAUAGUACACCCAAAACAUGAUUAGCCUUCAUUUUCUACUCACCCCCAUGCUGAACAACACU